CGGGGAUCCCCGGGCUGAAGGCGUCCUUGCAGCUGCUGUGCGUCAAUGGAAGCCUGGCUCAGCUGAGGCUCGGCGGGAACCACUUGACCAGGGACAACUUUAACCAGGGACCACUCGACCAUGGACCACCUUGACUAGAGACCACUUUGACCAGGGAUCACUCUCCAACAUUAGUACCAAAAGAGAUUAGACAGAACUGUCUCGUCAAAGAACCAAAUUCCCACCAUUGGCAGCUUGCUAUAUUUUCUGACCAAAAAGAGUUUGGAGCACUUUUCUCCUUGUGAUCCCAAAGAAGAUGGCUGAUAAACAAAUUAGCUUGCCAGCUAAACUCAUCAAUGGAGGAGCUGCAGGGAUCAUUGGAGUUACUUGUAUCUUUCCAAUUGAUCUGGUUAAAACCAGGCUACAGAAUCAGAGAAGUGGACACCAAGUUUACAAAAGCAUGUUUGACUGUCUAAUCAAAACGUUACGUUCAGAAGGCUAUUUUGGCAUGUAUAGAGGUGCAGCAGUAAAUCUGACCCUUGUAACACCCGAGAAGGCUAUCAAACUGGCUGCUAAUGACUAUUUUAGGCACCUUCUUGCCAAGGAAGGUGUAUCACUGUCCUUAUCGAAGGAGAUGAUGGCAGGUUGUGGUGCUGGUUUUUGCCAGGUCAUUGUCACUACUCCUAUGGAAAUGCUGAAAAUCCAGUUACAAGAUGCUGGGAGACUAGCAUCUCAGCAGCUUGUGAGCAGGGUUCCUUGUUCAGUUCCCGGAUGCAAGCUUGUCGCUGUCAGCCCUGUUCAGACGAGAGCGUACAAUGUAGGACCUGCAGUGUUUCCAAGAAGGAUAUCUGCCACCCAGAUUGCAGCUGAGCUUCUGCACACUCAGGGUAUUAAAGGACUCUACAAGGGCCUUGGAGCCACCUUGCUGAGGGAUGUCCCAUUCUCUAUCAUCUAUUUCCCUCUGUUUGCCCAUCUGAACAAAGCAGAACAGGAUUCCAUGGAGGAAAGGGCGCCUUUCAUCUGUUCUUUUCUUGCUGGUUGCAUGGCUGGCUCAGUGGCAGCUGUUUCUGUUAAUCCUUGUGAUGUAAUAAAGACUCGUCUCCAAUCAAUGGGCAAGGGAAGAAAUGAGGAAAGCUAUAAUGGAAUUAUUGAUUGUGCAAGGAAGAUAUGGAUGAAGGAGGGUCCCUCCGCCUUUCUGAAGGGGGCUGGUUGCAGAGCGCUGGUCAUUGCACCUCUCUUCGGUAUAGCCCAAGUUAUUUACUUCAUUGGCCUUGGAGAGUUUCUUAUAGAUCUAUAUCAAUACAGAAGACUUUCUCCCUAAACUACUCUCAUUCAUUGAAUUUCAAUGCAUAGGUCCACAAGAAUAACCAGGAGAAAACUAUGGCAGCUCAGGUUUUUUUUUCCCUUGGGGAAAUUUGGACACAAAGGUGAAUCAUGCAGACCUCCUUAAGUAUUGCCAGAUUUUUCAGGCAAUGUGCCUAUGCUAGGUUGUUUCCUAGCAGUAACAUUGGGAUUUUAAAACCAGAAUUGUGGUGGUAGGGUGGACAUCUGUAAGUGUAAGUAGUUUUGGAGCUGAGAGACUGAAGUCUCUGAGAAGGAAACAUUGGUGGCUUCUUUUAUUUAGCCUAGCCAUGAGGAUGAGGAGAAUUAAUCUUUUUUAAAUGUAUAAAUGGAAGAAGAGAAAUGCUACCCAGUUAUUGUGGGCCAAAUCUUUUGAACUUAAUGAUAAACAAACUGAGCAAUUAUGUUUGGGGUUAUAUAAAUGCUGUCAAUCCAUCCUGCAUGCAGACUUCUCAGCUAUAUCACAUAACUAGUAAUAUUAUUUAAUAAAAUUUUCUCUGCUGUUUCAUUUACCAAAGGUAAAUUAGGGAACAAUGUUUGUAACUUUUUAUACAUCCAUUUUUAUGACUUUAUACUGAUAUAUUUUAAAAAUUGGUUCCUGUGGUGACUGCAAAGUAACUUGAGAACAACACAUGUGUUGUAUGAAAAGACAACUAGGUAGCUACCCCAAAGUUUUGUAUAUGCAAAUGAGUGCCAAGGUUCUCAAAAAUGCUCUUCAGAACAUUAUAGUUCUCCUGAGUAUUGAAGGGUUUAUCUCAUUAUAGAUACUGUUCGGCCACACUGCUACACAGUUUUCCUUUGUUAGCUGUUACAUCUAUGUGUUUAGGUAACUUUAUUACUGCUCUUAUUGUUCAUAAUGAACUACAGAAUUUCUCUGUUAUUGGGCUCAUCUAAGAGACCAUCUUCAAGGGAGAGUGUCAAUGUGGUCUUUUGUGAAGAAUUCUAAGCUGAUUUCGGAACACUCACGUUUAUGUAAACAGUUCAAGGAUUAUCAUAUUUCUGCCCUUACCCUGGCAUAAUAAAAAGGCUCAGACCAAUAUAA